AUGGCUUUGGUUUCUUUCCCCACCAUUGGACGAUCCUCACUUUCUCUUUCAUACACAUAUCAAGCUAUCAUCACUUCACAUAAUCCUUCUCACAGAAAUUACAAUUAUAAAGCCUAUGCUCUUAGCUAUUAUAAUAAUCACCCACCAUUUUCUUACCAACCUUUUGCUUUAACAUACACAAGCUUUUCUCCAAGGCAGACGGGAUCAUUGCUGGUGCCAUUCAGUGCUAAGAACUCGGAGCCAGGAGAAGAAGACUCCCGAGCUCUGGAAACAGUCCUCAGACUUUACAACGCGAUCAAGAACAAAAAUGUUCCCGAAUUGUCGGACAUAAUAGGAGAUGAAUGUCAAUGUGCGUGUAACUUUUUCUCAAAUUUCCAAACCUUCAAAGGGAAGAAGCAAGUGUUGGAUUUUUUCUCAUAUCUGAUCAGACGCUUGGGGAAUAGCAUAGAGUUUGUUGUGACACCAACAAUGCAUGAUGGGAUGAAUGUUGGCAUAAAAUGGAGAUUGCAGUGCAGCAAAACACAUGCGCCUCUAGGAAAGGGCUUCAGCUUCUAUAUGUGCCAUGUUUAUCAUGGGAAGGUGGUAAUAAGAAAUGUAGAGAUGUUCUUGGAACCGCUCCUUCAUAUCGAACCCUUUAGACUGAAAAUUAUAGGAUAUGUGAUGAUUGUAAUGAACAAGAUGAGUUCCAACCGAAUGUUCAGAGAUAACAAGAGAUCUAUUAUGCUUACACUCUUUGUCAUGGUUGCCCUUCUAUUCUUGUUCAACUUCUCUUUAUAA